GAGAGAGAAAGAGAGAGAAGGGACUUUCAUAUAUACUGUAUUAUUUUAGUCAGGUUACACAAUUGGUCCAGCCUGUAUACAAUGACAUUUAUAUAGGGGAUAUUCAUUUUAACCAAUCAGCGUUCGGUUCUGCAGUCAGGCGCCGUCAGGAGCCAAUCACAUGCGAGAAGACAAAUCAUGUGACCGUUGUUUUUUUUCCCCUGGAUGUUAUUUUUCUGCAGAGAAACUGUCAGCUCGAAUGUCCUGAAUAUGGCGACGCUCGCCUCUUAAUGCUUUCAGAGCGACGUUUAUUUACACAGGCAUCUCUGCAAUAUAAGGAUGUGUUUUCUGAUCAUUAACUUCACUGAAAUGAAGGCAUGACUAUUAUAUGGGUUUCAGAUUCACAUUUACUGUCUCUGAAUAAGGCGAUACUUUUGUGGUACACACGAGGCCAGAGGUUUGUGACUCUCUCAGUCUCACCAUUGUCUCAUAAUCCAUCUGGUCAACUUCAUAUCAGAAGACCUCUGAGCUACAGAUUCAGAGAUAUCCACCAUAACUGGAAGCUCAGCCAGAAGAGCAGCAUUCGGAAACUAUGUCCCUGCCGAUUUAGUUCCCUCAAGCACGGGGUUUUGCUGUACACCAGCGUUUCCAGUUUCAGUACCUCAGCCUGCCUUGGUUCCACCGACCAGAGCUAUCGCAUGUCACGAUUCAAGAACACGUUGGAAUCUGUAUCAAAAGCCGUGAGUGGGACGCAAGCAGAGAUUUUCUCCAGGAUAGCACGGCUCAAACCCAGUGCCAGAGACAGCGCCGUAGGUGCCGACACAACACCUCUUCAAGAUCAGAGGAGUGGAUCAGCUUUGGCUACAUCGACACCAACGCUUGUAUCUCAUCCUCCAUCAUCGCCUGCAACCUCACCACCAAACACAAGCACAAGCCUUCCUGAAACCUCCUCUGUCCCCGUUCAGUAUGUCCAAGAGGAAGUAAAAGCCAAGAAAUCUCAGUCUCAGACCUCUAAAGCAAACGGACCAGCUACAUCAGCGCCUCCACCCACCAGCUUCACAUCCUCCAGACAGAAUACACAUCUCUUUCACCCAGGUUCUUUCAGUGUCAACCUAGAUGAGACCUAUAAUUACCUGGCGCACCAUGUAAACUCUUAUUUUAGCAGCUUCGCUAUGGAUCAAGAAAAGAAGAAAGAGGCUAAAGAAUGUUCGGACCAGCCGUCUGAAGUGCGUGUAAAAGACCAGACACCAUCUGAAUCAUCUGCUCCUGUCUCAGACCCAGGUUCUUCCUUGUCACCCAAAAAAGGCCUAGGACAUUACUUGACAUACAAGCCUACCGUCCAGGCAUUUGUAGGAAACUACAUUGCCCCGCUGGUUCCCAGGUUUAGGACAGAACCAAAGCGUGCACUACUAGAAACGGAUAAACCUCUUCCUCCCGAAGACGCUGCUUCAAAACCGAAGGAAGUAAUGGAGAGUAAAGAGCAGAAAGCAGCCGAGGAAAAGGCCAGGAGACUGCUGCUUCAAAGAGAGAAGAUCAUUGCCCGGGUGAGUGUGGAUAAUCGGACACGAGCGCUGGUCCAAGCCCUGCGCAGAGCAUCAGACGUGAGGCUUUAUAUCAGCAGGGUGGAGGAGCUGAGCUACCAUCUACUGGAGUUCCCUGAGACCAGGCUCGUGGCUGUCAAGGAGAAGGUGAUUCCAUGCUUGCUGCGCCUGAGGCAGGCUAAUGAUGCGGCUCUAAAGGCGGCUGUCAGAGAGGCCCUCACUCUGGUGGGCUACGUUGACCCGGUGAAGAGUAGAGGGAUCCGCAUCCUGUCCAUCGAUGGUGGAGGAACAAGAGGACUGGUGGCACUUCAGACUUUACAAAAGCUGGAAGAGAUGACGGGAAAAUCAAUUUACCAGCUUUUUGAUUACAUUUGUGGUGUGAGCACAGGUGCAAUAUUAGGCUUCAUGCUGGGUGUGUAUCAUAUUCCCCUGAGUGAGUGUGAGGAGAUGUACAGAAAGCUGGGCUCUGAUGUCUUCAGGCAGAAUGUCAUUGUGGGUACCGUGAAGAUGGGCUGGAAUCACGCCUUCUAUGACAGUGAGAUCUGGGAGAAAGUUCUGAAGGAAAGAAUGGGCUCCGAUCUUCUGGUUGAAACCUCAAGAAACCCUGAUUGUCCUAAGGUGGCAGCAGUGAGUACGGUAGUAAAUAAGGGCACGCCGUUAAAGGCAUACGUUUUCAGGAACUACAACUUGCCAGUAGGCGUGCGCUCCCACUACAGAGGCGGCUGCCAGCACAAGCUCUGGGAGGCCAUCCGAGCUUCCUCAGCUGCUCCUGGAUACUUCCAGGAGUUUGCACUGGGCAAUGAUUUACACCAGGACGGUGGUUUGCUGAUAAACAAUCCAACAGCUCUGGCGAUCCAUGAAUGCCAGUGUCUGUGGCCAGGCACCCCGCUGCAGUGUGUCGUUUCUUUGGGCACAGGGCGCUUCGAGUCGGCCAGCAAGAACACUGCCACUUACACGAGCCUGAAGACCAAACUGACCCACGUCAUCAGCAGUGCAACAGAUACAGAGGAGGUGCACACCAUGCUGGAUGCCCUGCUGCCUCCCAACACAUAUUUCCGCUUUAACCCAUACAUGAGCGAGGACGUGGCUCUGGACGAGAGCCGCAGCGAGAAACUGAACCAGCUGCUGGCAGAGGGAGUGAGAUACCUCGAGCGUAACGAGGAGAAGUUGAAGCUAGCAGUGCGCAUGCUCACACAGGAGAAGAGCUCGGCUCAGAGGCUGCUCGAAUGGCUCCGUCUCAAAUCACACAUGUACGGCGACCUUCCACUUAUUUCAAAACUAUAGACAAUAUUAUGUCACAGAAUAAUUUGAUAACACUUCCUGUGAUAUAUGAUUAGAGUGAUAUCCUGGGCACUAAUGCUGAAUUUACUUGCAAUUUACUUCUAGUGUAAAAACACUGUUACUUAUAAGGAUGAUGUAUAACAUUUGCCAAGAUUAUGACAGUGUAUCUACAUGCAUACGUUAUUUAUAAUGAUAAAAGCACUUACAGACAAAAUCUGCAGGACAUGCUGAUAUUUUCAAAAAAAAAAAGUUAGCUAACAUUGUUAUUGUCAAGGACUCUAUAAAGACAGAAUCUACCCUGAGUCUAUAGCAUAGCUGCUAUAUAACUGGUUUGUCAUAAUUUAAAGAAAACUAGCACUUUUUAGGGAAUAUCCAAGAAAGAAGCUUGCAUAUUUCCAAAUAUGCUUAAAUAACAAAUACUUCAAUUCAUUUGGCUAGUUGGCAACAAGUAGGAAUUUGACACAAAUCCCUGUGUGCUAUAUUUGCAAACUGAAGUUUAACGAUAAUUUCAGGAUGAAAUUUUCAAGAUGAGACAAAAUUGGCAGAUCAGGUUUACGUUCUGUAUAUACGUACAUACCAUUUUAAAUAUUUUAAACAGAUAGCAUUGAUACUCAGAUCACAGAUCAGUGUUGUAUAGUUGUAUAAACUGGAGAAUUCAGUCUUCACGGACUGAGGCCGAGCGACUUUUAUUUUGGGUGCAUUUUACAUAACCAGAACAACCUCAUACACUAACAUUUGUUUUCCACAUCAUAUGUCUUCAUAAAGAGCUUAAUUAGUAAAUGGUAAUAAAUUAUAUACUGUGUCAUCGAUGAUUAGACUCUAUUUGUGCCUAAACAAAUAAUAUACUGUUGUAAACAAUACACUUUUUGUGCACUUCGAAGACAUUUAAAGUAAACACACCUCAGUUUGUUGUAAGAACUUUUAACUGAACUGAAGCUCUUUUUCUUUUUUUUAUUGUACAGUUAAUUGUUGUAUUUCUUUGAAAGACAAUUGUGCAAUCGGAUGUUAAAUAUCUUCCAUCAGGACUAAUGGCGUUGAUAAGUAUUAUGUUUUAAAAUGAUUGAGUUUCAAUGGAAAUUCCUAUUACAGUGCUGUUAGAGGUAAGACACUGACUUCAUUAGCGCUAUUUAUCAAUUUAAAAAAAAAAAAAAUUUUCCCCCAAAUUAUUUCCACUGGUUUGUAAGUUAAAAUGGUGGCCUGUGCCAUGUAGUGUGUAAUCUGUUCAUACCAGUAGCUCUGAAUUGAUACCGUGACUGGCAUGGGUGAGACCUGUGCUUAAGUUAAUGGAAGGAACAAGAACGUAUGCAGUGUUUGAUGUGUAUGGCUGAAAUUUUGAAGCAUUUUUCAUAAAACCUAAUUUGCUUGGUUAUUUCAAAUGUCCAAUCCUAGAACAUUUACAAGAAAAAAAAUUUAUUCGCACCAGAGCAUCUCAGCUUGAGAUAUGUGGUGGCAUUUUUCAGGUUGGAGGCACAAAUUAAAGACUUGAGAACCUAAUAAAGGGAUAUACCAUAUAUAACAAGUAAAGAAAGAACUGUACCUGUGGAUUGUACAGCCUGUAUGUUUUGUUUAAAGUAUUUACACUCACUCAUCGAAAUCCUAGCUAAAACCGCUUUUGUAGUUUAAGCCUCAUCAUUUCAAAACACUUUUCCAAUUCUGUUGUGUGCCAUAGUUCUCUCCAUGUGCGCUGGUGUGUGCAGGUUGUGUUGUACAUGUUAGUCAUAGUGCCUGGCUGAAGAAGAAUGAAAACUGCUAAACAGCUGUGACUGCAGCUGUUAGGACUGAAAGAGUCGACUGGUCAGCAUGGAAGUGUACAUUUCUGAGCAGGUUAUUCCUUCCGUCCAUACUGACCUAGUGAUGCUUGUACCUAGCUCAUACCCUGAGUUGCUGUGUGAAUAAGUUUCAGUGAUAAAAUCAAGAAAUUUAAAUGAAAGGUAAACAAAGGUACACUCUGUUGUGUAGGUGUUAUGACGGGACGUCAUGGUGUCUAAAGGGAAGUGAUGAAUACAAAGGACAAGGGGUUAAAAAAAAAAAGUCUGAUGUAGUUGCCUAUAUUGUUUAUCCUGCAACCUCUUGCUCACAAGUGAUGUAAUAAAAAAAUAACAUUACAAACUA